AUGUCUUACAUUUUUACUAAAGGAUUUAUUUCAGCUUUGCCCACAAUUGUUUUUUUCUUUUUUUUGCCUUUCAUUUUUUACUUUCUUUCUUUUAUUUUUCAUUGUUGUCUUUUUCGUUUUACUUUAAUUUCUCGUCUACCUUUCUCGUUUUCUUUUCCGUUUUUAUCUUCAGUAACAUUUUCUUCUUUCUUUUCUGAUUAUAAUUUUUAUACUCUAUUCUGCAUAUUUAUUACUACCUUCCUUUCUUCAUUCUUUUCCUUCUUCCUCUUCUUCUUCCUCGUCUUCAUCCUUCCUUCCUUCCUUCCUUUCUCGCUUUCUUCCUUUUUCUACUUCUUCUUCUUCUACCCCUUCUUCCUCUUCUUCUUCCUCGUCUUCAUCCUUCCUUCCUUCCUUCCUUCCUUUCUCGCUUUCUUCCUUUUUCUACUUCUUCUUCUUCUACCCCUUCUUCCUCUUCUUCUUCCUCGUCUUCAUCCUUUCUUUUUUCCUUCCUUCUUUUUUUUUAUCUUCUCUCUUUUCUCUUCUUUUUCUUCAUUCUUUGUUUUCCAUCUCAUGUGUCUGCAUGUAUUCAUAAAUUACAGUUUGAUUUGUUUUCCUUUCCUUUUUUUUCUUUCUUUUAUUGUUAUUGGCAACACAUUUUCCUCUUCAUUCUUUUCACGCUGA